AUGCAUUCAUAUGUUUAUGCUAAAGCAUUCACCAAAUAUAUUUGUGUUCCUGGAGUUUGGCCCGAAUCACUGAGCUUCGAUGACAGGGGCAUUGGUCCCAUCCCGCUACGAUGGAAGGGAUUCUGCGAGUCAGGCAGGCAAUUCAAUGCAUCUCAUUGCAGUCGCAAGCUCAUCGGUGAGCGUUACUUUGUCGAAGGGCUCGAAGCCAAGUUAGGACAAGCCCAAACUUCGACCCUUAUGAGAUAUUGUCUCCUUGUGAUGCAGAGGGCCAUGGUUUGCUAUUGGGGUGGCCCGCGGUGGUGUACCUCUUGCCCGACUUGCCGUGUACAAGGCCUCUUGGAUGAAGGGCGGGAUGCAGACAUACUAGCGUCUUUUGACUGUGCAAUCCAUGACGGCAUUGAUUUGUUCUCCAUUUUCCUUGGCUUUGCUGCCCCACUUAAAUCCGGUGCAGAAAAACCUUAUCCAUGUUUGUCGAGAACUGGAACUACGAUAUCAAUGGCAUGUAGUUCUCCCAUGGUGAAGAUAAGUCAUUCAAAGACAUUGAUGGGGAGCAUUGUAGCACCCAAAGUGGCCCACUUUUCCUUCCGAGGACCUAAUUCUUCCCCAGCAAUUUUGAAGCCAGAUAUAGGUGCACCUGGGGUCAACAUUUUAGCCGCAGCACCUACGCCAGGCUUGACGCAUGACAAGUUUGUAUUUAUGUUCGGAACCUCAAUGGCAUAUCAUGUGGAUGGUAUGGUGGCGUUGCUCAAGUCUCUCCAUUGGUCACUUGCUGCAAUAAAAUCGGCCCUCGUAACCACUGGUGACCUAACAAUGCAUGAAAAUGGUGAGCCAAUGCUAGCCGAUGGGGACUCCCACAAGGUGGCGGAUCCUUUCGACUAUGGUGGUGGCCAUGUAAACCCUGACCAGGCUGCAGAUCCUGGUUUCAUUUACGACAUGGAUAUCUUCGAUCACCUCCUCUUCCUCUGUGCCAUGGGCUACAACAAUUCUGUUAUCUCACUUGUUGCCUGAAAGGCCUCCUGGCCUAAGACUCCCAUAUCAAUACCAAACCUGAACCUACCCUGUAUUUUUAUUCCUGACCUUAAAACUUCAGGGACCAUUGCAAGAAAGGUUACCAAUGUGGAGGUCCACUCAGUCUACAAAUCUCUGGUUGACUCUCCUCCUGGUGUGAAAGUGGUAAUGGAACCUCCAGUUUUAAACUUCAGUAACACAACUGACGUGCUUCCCUUCAAGGUGACCUUCAUGGAAAAACAUCAAUUGCAAGGGGACUAUACCUUUGGGAGCCUGACUUGGAGCGAUGGGAAGCACUUUGCUCGUAGCCAGAUUGUGGAUAUAUGA